CCUGGUACCGCUAUCUCCUGGCCCAUGGCCGAGAACAUCUUCAACAAGGGGACCAGAGUUUGGUUCGCCGACAAGGAGCAGGGCUGGAUCUCAGCCGAGCUUACCGCCGUCACCAGGGACGGCGACGAAGCCGUCAAGCUCGUCUUCGUAGAUGAACGCGGUAAAGAAACCACCAUAGACACGACGGUGCAGGACAUCAAGGAUGGAAAGGAGAGCCUCCCGCCAUUGCGCAAUCCUCCCCUGCUGGAGACGGCGGACGAUUUGGCCACACUCUCGCAUCUCAAUGAGCCUUCCGUCCUCCACACCAUCCGCAACCGAUAUGCACAACACAGCAUCUACACAUACAGUGGUAUCGUCCUCAUUGCCAUGAAUCCCUUCCAACGCGUCACACUCUACGGGCCGGAGAUCAUUCAGGCGUACAAUGGCCGCAAGCGAGGGGAGCUGGAGCCGCACUUGUUUGCAAUUGCUGAAGAUGCAUAUACUGCUAUGAGCAGGGAUGGGACCGGACAAACCAUUAUUGUGUCGGGAGAGAGUGGGGCAGGCAAGACAGAAUCCGCCAAGUUCAUCAUGCGUUAUCUCGCGUCCGUCAACCCGCCGAAUUCAAAAAGUAGAGGCAAAACGAAGAGCUCGCUUGAUGAAUCCAGCGAAGUCGAACGUCAAAUUCUUGCGACGAAUCCAGCUUUGGAGGCUUUUGGCAAUGCAAAGACUACUCGUAACGACAACUCUUCGCGAUUCGGCAAGUACAUCCAGAUCCUCUUUGACGGCAAUCAAGAAAUCGUUGGCGCACGCAUCAGAACAUAUCUCUUGGAGCGUUCCCGAGUUGUUUUCCAGCCACUCACAGAACGGAACUAUCACAUCUUUUAUCAGCUCUGUGCGGGUGCACCUCUGAAAGAACGAAAAGAUCUAGGUCUUGAUGCGGAUGUUUCGAAGUUUCAUUAUCUCAAUCAGGGUGGCCCUCAAUCGACACCAAUACCCGGCGUCGAUGACGCAGAGGAGUUCCGACAAACUCAAAUUGCACUCUCCACUAUUGGAAUUAGCGUCGAGAAACAAUGGGCCGUCUUCAAGCUGCUAUCUGCCCUCCUCCAUCUUGGCAACAUCAAGAUUACCCAGAUGCGGAAUGAUGCUGCAAUCGAGGACACGGAUUCCGCUCUGCAAUUGUCGACACGAUUCCUUGGCAUCACCCUUGCUGAAUUCAAGAAGUGGACAAUCAAGAAACAGAUCACCACGCGCUCGGAAAAGAUCGUCACCGCUCUUAAUGCGGCGCAAGCUACGGUCGUCAGGGAUAGUGUGGCGAAGUUCGUCUAUGCGUGCCUAUUUGAGUGGCUGGUUGCCAUCGUUAACGAGAGUUUGGCGGGAGAGAACGGCGAAGCUGCAAAUCGCGCGGAGAUGUUCAUUGGUGUUCUGGAUAUCUACGGGUUCGAGCAUUUCCAGAAGAACUCUUUCGAACAAUUCAGCAUCAACUAUGCCAACGAGAAGUUGCAGCAGGAGUUCAACCAACAUGUCUUCAAGUUGGAACAAGAAGAGUACGUCCGCGAGAAGAUCAACUGGACGUUCAUCGAGUUCUCAGACAACCAGCCUUGUAUUGAUGUCAUCGAGGGCAAGCUGGGAGUGAUGGCGUUGCUCGAUGAAGAAUCCCGCCUUCCCUCUGGAACGGACACUUCAUUUUUGCAGAAGCUACACUCACAGCUGGACAAGCCAGAGAACCGCAAGGUCUUCAAGAAGCCACGCUUCGGCAACUCCGCCUUCACCAUCGCACACUACGCUCUGGACGUCAUGUACGAGGUCGAAGGAUUCCUAGAGAAGAACCGCGAUACCGUUCCAGACGAACAUAUGGCCCUGCUCAUGUCGACGAAAAAUACUUUCCUGAAGGAAGUCCUUGAUGCUGCGUUUGCUGCAACGAAGGCACCUGACGCCGCACUGGGAUCGCCCACGGUGUCCGACUCGGGCUCCGGCAGCGGGGUGUCAAAGCGAUCUUCUGUCAUUCCUGACCCUGGUCGUCAGUCUCUGAUCUCGUCCGCCGCGUCGUCUUCGUUGGGUCCAAAGCGCGGGGGAGGCAUCGCCAGGAAGCCAACACAAGCGUCGAUCUUCAAGGCAUCGUUGGUGAAUUUGAUGGAUACCUUGAACGUGACGAACGUCCAUUAUAUUCGGUGCAUCAAGCCGAACGAGGCGAAGAAGGCUUGGGAGUUUACACCGCAGCAGGUCUUGGGACAGCUGCGGGCAUGUGGUGUGUUGGAGACGAUUCGUAUUAGUUGUGCAGGCUAUCCUUCGCGGUGGACGUACGAGGAGUUCGCUGAACGAUACUACAUGCUCGUCCAUUCGUCAGAAUGGGGCCCAAUGAUCCAGAAUUUCGAACUGAAGCCGCUUUGCUCGUUAAUCCUGGAGCGAACGAUCAGCGAUCCGGACAAGUACCAGCCUGGCCUCACAAAGAUCUUCUUCCGUGCGGGCAUGCUCGCAGCACUCGAGUCUUUGCGCUCUGAGAAGCUGAAUGCGCUUGUGACGAUCGUGCAGAAGAACGUGCGCCGACGAGUGGCCAUGAAACGGUACCACAGACUGCGCGAAGCGACCAUCAAAAUCCAGACAUGGUGGCGUGGUGUCCUUGCGCGGAAGCUCGUUGAAAACCUCCGCCGUGAGGUGGCUACCAUACGGAUACAGAGCGGUAUCAGGCGAUUCAUUCACAGGGGUCGAUUCAUGGCGGUCAGACACGGUACCAUUGGAUUCCAGUCUCAUGCUCGCGGUGUGUUAAUGCGUGAACACUUCAAGGAGUCUCGGAGAGAGCAUGCUGUCACACUUUUGCAGAGUCUCUCGCGUGGAGUCAUUGUGCGGAGAUCCCACCACUUAAAUAUUAUGCGAGUGGUUUAUCUGCAAUCAUGCAUUCGUCGUCGCCUUGCUUGCAAGGAGCUAAAGGCUCUCAAGGCAGAAGCGCGGUCGGUGUCGAAAUUCAAGGAGAUUUCAUACAGGCUGGAGAACAAGGUCGUAGAGCUCACCCAAACGUUGCAAAAGCGGAUAGAGGAAAAGAAAGAGCUGCAAAACAAGCUGGCCCAAUUGGAGCAACAACUACAGCAGACAAUUACGCGAUACGAGGAGUCGGACUCCCGUGCGCGACAGUUUCAGGCCGAAUUGCAUACUACGCAAAAGGAGCUGGGCCGCCACGAGGCGCUCUUAGUUGCCAAAAACGAUAUUGAGAGACGUCUGGAAGACGCACUGACGAAGGCGGCGGAGAAAGAUGACACCAUCCACAGGCUAACGGGCAGUCUGGCGCAACAAGCCGCUCAGCUAGAUUCGCAGCAGAGAGCCAUCGAGAACGUCCCUAUCAGGAACGCAGACGACAGCUCGAUCAUUUUGACGCUGAAAAGCGAAGUAAGCAGCCUCCGCGAGCAGCUGAACCGCGCAAAUGCGCUCAAUGUACUGACAAGAGGUAUCCGUGCCGAGCCUACUUCACCGACGUUUUCGACAGGCCUUCGUCUGGGAGAUAUCUCCAACACCGUGGCCAAUAGCAAUAGCAAUGGCACUGCGCUCGCCCCUACCACCACUCGUGCUCACCAACGGAGACAUAGUUCAGCCGGCGUAUAUGCCUUCAAUCCCAUGGAGAACCGCACAUCUGUCGAUGAGCUUAUGAUGAUGGCAAAGCGCAGCCAGGCCACAAGCCCCCGUGCAGUGUCUGUUGCAUAUAACGGCGAGGAUGGACUUCCGCGCUUCCGCGCUCCAAAUAGUCUUUCAGGCAUCUAUGAUCCCGCCGAGGAGAAGAUCCGGCUGAUGCAGGACAUUAGGCGGCUAGACGAAGACGUCCUCGACGGUCUCAUUCGCGGUUUGAAGGUACCGGCUCCGAGCAUUACCAACCCAUCUGCAGUCAAGGAGAUUCUGUUCCCGGCCAAUCUCAUAAGCUUAAUCACUAACGAGAUGUGGAAGUAUGGUCUCAUAUCGGAAAGCGAGCGGUUUCUUGCGAACGUCAUGCAGACUAUUCAGGCUCAUGUAAUGUCCUUCGUGGGAGAAGAAGCGAUCAUACCUGGCGUAUUCUGGCUUUCUAAUGUUCAUGAGAUGCUGUCGUUUAUCUGCGUGGCAGAGAGCGACAUGUUACAAGGUAUCGGGCCAGGCGAGGAGCACUCUAUAAGACCGUUCGAAUGGGCCGACUAUGAGCGCCUUGUCUCCGUCGUCAAGCACGACUUGGACAGUCUCGAAUACAACAUCUAUCAUACAUGGAUGCUCGAGACGAAGAAGCGUCUAUCGAAGAUGGUAAUUCCAGCUCUGAUUGAGAGCCAAUCGUUGCCUGGCUUUACAACAACGGAGGGAGGGGGCAGGAUUUUCAACCGAUUCCUGAGUUCUAAUGCUCCACCCGCGCACAGCAUGGACGACAUCCUCAAUUUGCUCAACAAGGUAUGGAAGAGUUUGAAGAGUUACUACAUGGAGGAUUCUGUUGUGCAACAAGUGGUUACCGAACUGUUGAAGUUGAUCGGGAUCACGAGUUUUAACGACUUGCUCAUGCGACGCAACUUCUCGUCCUGGAAACGAGCUAUGCAGAUUCAAUACAACAUCACACGUAUCGAAGAGUGGUGCAAAUCACAUGAUAUGCCUGAGGGUACGCUGCAGCUGGAGCACUUGAUGCAAGCGACGAAACUGUUGCAACUGAAGAAGUCAACACCAGAAGACAUUGAGAUUAUCUACGAUGUAUGUUGGAUGCUCACACCAACACAGAUUCAAAGGAUGUGCACGAACUAUUAUGUCGCAGAUUACGAGAAUCCCAUCUCUCCCGAAAUUUUACGAGUCGUCGCUUCGCGUGUCGUCCCUAACGACCGCACUGACCAUCUACUGCUCCCACCCGAGACGGAAGACGUAGGAUCUUACGAGCUCCCCCUGCCGCGAGAAGUCUCCGGGCUUGAGACUUACGUCCCCGCGUACCUUAAUGUACCACAUCUUCGUAGAUUAGCUGCUCUAGUAGCGUAAUUCUGGCUUUACUUUGCUUUGUGGUUCUGAUGUAAUAUUUGAUACGAUACCCAUCGACUAUUCUUAGUGGUACCACGCAUGAACACGAUAUAAUCAACUCGGAUCGGACUGCUUCUGAAGAACGAUGCAAAGUCUAGCUCCAUCCUCAAUCU